UCGGCCUCCCACAGCGGGCUGUGUGCCGCGUACGAGGGCGUGCAUGCGUCUGCUACUGCUCCUCUCCGCUGCUGCACCGGCGAUGCGAGCUCUCGCCGGCGGGGCGCGCGUGCGCCGCCUCGCUGCAGCAGGCGCGUUGCGGCCGCUCCGGCGGGCCGACGCCUGCGGCAUGUCGGCCGCCGCCGCCGCCGCGCCUGCCGAGGUUGAGCAGACCAACUUUGUGCGCAACAUCAUCAAGGCGGACCUCGGCAGCGGAAAGCACUCCUCCAUCGUGACGCGCUUCCCGCCCGAGCCAAACGGCUACCUCCACAUCGGCCACGCAAAGAGCAUCUGCGUCAACUUUGGCCUGGGCGAGGAGUUUGGCGGGCGGACGUACAUGCGGCUCGACGACACCAACCCGGAGAAGGAGGAGCGCGAGUACGUCGACGCCAUUCUCGCGGACGUGCGCUGGCUCGGCUUUGACUGGGCCGACCGGCUGACGCACGCCAGCGACUACUUUGAGCAGUUCCACGCGUACGCGGAGCAGCUGGUGCGCGAGGGGCUGGCAUACGUGGACGAGCUGUCGGCGGAGCAGAUGCGCGAGUACCGCGGCACGCUCACCUCGCCCGGCCGCGACUCGCCCUUCCGCGAUCGGCCGGUGGAGGAGAGCGUCUCGCUCUUCCGCGCGAUGACGGCGGGGGAGAUGGAGGACGGCGCCGCCGUCGUGCGGCUCAAGAUCGACAUGGCGAGCCCCAACAUGAACUUGCGCGACCCGACCAUCUACCGCAUCAAGCGGUCCGCCACCCACCCGCAGACUGGGGACAAGUGGAAGGUCUACCCGAUGUACGACUUUGCGCACUCGCUCACGGAUGCGCUGGAAGGCAUCACGCACUCGCUCUGCACCACCGAGUUCGAGGCGCACCGACCUCUCUACGACUGGAUCGUCGCAAACACGCCCGGCGUGCCCUGCACCCCGCGCCAGAUCGAGUUCUCGAGGCUCAACUUGCAGUACUGCGUGCUCUCGAAGCGGAAGCUGAUCCAGCUCGUGCGCGAGGGGCACGUCUCUGGCUGGGACGACCCUCGCAUGCCGACUCUCGUCGGGCUGCGGCGGCGAGGCGUUCCUCCUGAGGCGAUCCGCUUGUUCGUCGACCGGACAGGCGUGAGCAAGGCGCUCAACAACAUCGACUACUCGGUGCUCGAGGAUUGCGUGCGCGCGUCGCUCGACUCGAAGGCGGCGCGCGUGAUGGCGGUGCUCGACCCGCUGCGCGUGACGGUGACGAGCUGGCCGGAGGGCGAGGUGGAGAUGCUCGAAGGGGCGGUCCACCCCAAGCGGCCGGAGCUCGGGAUGCGGCAGGUUCCCUUCUCGCGCUCGCUGCUCAUCGAGCGGUCCGACUUCGACGAGUUCGCAAACAAAAAGUACUUUCGCUUCAAGGGCGUCGGCUCGAAGGUCCGGCUCCGGUUCGGGUACGUGCUGGAGCUCGACCAGAUCGUGCGCGGGGAGGACGGCGAGGCGGUCGAGCUGCGCUGCUCGCACGUGCCCGGCACCGCGAUGGGGGGCAAGAUGCCCGACGGGGAGAAGGUCAAGGGCAUCAUCCACUGGGUCUCUGAGCCGCACGCCGCGCGCGCCACCGUCCGGCUGUACGACCGCCUGUUCACCACGCCCGAGCCGGGCGCCGGCCACGAGGACGGCGACUUUCUGCGCGACCUCAACCCUCACUCGCUCGACGAGCGGCUCGAGUGCGCCCUCGAGCCCGCCGCGGCGGAGUACGGCGCGGGCGAGCAGGUGCAGUUCGAGCGGACGGGCUAUUUCGCCGUCGACCCCGACUCGACCCCGGGCGGGCUCGUCUUCAACCGCGUCGUGACGUUGCGUGACACGUGGGCAAAGGUGGCCGACAAGUGAGAGCGUCUCGGGCUCGCGCCGUGCCAUCCCUGCGCAGACUGCCCGCUUGGCCGCCAAUCCGGCCGAGAGCGUGGGGAUUACCCGGCGCUGCAGCUCCUGCAUCUGCACGCAGCAGCUCGUUGUCGCUCGUCUCGCCGCUGCGCCGGCCCUCUGUUCACUGUUGCGCAGCAUGCAGGAGAGCGGCCGUGCCACUGCCACGAGCUCGGAGCUCGCUAGUCGCUGCUGCGGCGCUCUGUGACCGUAGAACGUAGUUUCUGUACAGUUGCUAGCCGCCAUCGCUGACAAUCGCUGUCAUUGGUAAAUGCGCUCUGGUAU